UUAUGCAUGAAGUGGGCUGAGAAACCAGCUGCUCCAUAAAGUGUGUGAAAGUGGUGGAGAGUACAUGUUACUGAGUUUAUAAGGCGAUGCAGGUCAGGAUGCUGUAAUUUUUCUUAGGUAUUUUAGUUGUACUCAAGCAUUCGCGUUUUUAUUUGAUCUGCAUAUACAGUUGCAUCUGUAAUGGAACGGUGUUAUUUCAAACAAAGCAGUCACUCCAUGGCUCACCUCACCUCUUUCCCGGCUGGGAGUGCGCUGACAGCCGGCCAUUCCACAGUGCAGUCUUCGGUCAAGAGGCAUGCGGUGAAGAGGCAUCACCACAAACACAACAUCAAACACAGAUACGAGUUUCUGGAGACUCUGGGCAAAGGGACUUACGGGAAAGUGAAGAAAGCAGUGGAGAGAUCCGGGAGAGUGGUCGCCAUCAAAUCGAUCCGGAAGGAGAAGAUCAAAGACGAGCAGGAUCUAAUCCACAUCCGUCGCGAGAUUGAGAUUAUGUCUUCACUCAGUCACCCCCACAUCAUCACCAUCUACGAAGUGUUUGAGAACAAGGACAAGAUCGUGAUUGUGAUGGAGUACGCCAGCAAAGGUGACCUGUACGACUACAUCUGUGAGAAGCAGAGACUGAGCGAGCAGGAGGCCCGUCACUUCUUCAGACAGAUCGUCUCUGCUGUGCACUACUGUCACCGGAAUGGAAUUGUGCAUCGGGAUCUGAAACUGGAAAACAUUCUGCUUGACGGGAAUGGGAAUAUCAAGAUUGCAGACUUUGGGCUCUCCAACCUGUACUGCCGUGACGAGUACCUGCAGACAUUCUGCGGCAGCCCCCUGUACGCCUCCCCGGAGAUCGUGACGGGCCAGCCGUACCGCGGGCCGGAGGUGGACAGCUGGUCCCUGGGGGUCCUGCUCUACACGCUGGUCCACGGUGCCAUGCCCUUCGACGGACACGACUACAAGAACCUGGUGAAGCAGAUCACCAGCGGGCAGUACCGCGAGCCGACCAAACCCUCCGAUGCCUCUGGCCUGAUUCGCUGGAUGCUGAUGGUGAACCCGGAGCGGCGUGCCACGGUAGAGGACGUGGCUGGGCACUGGUGGCUGAACUGGGGAUACCGCUGCCCUCUGCUGGGAGAGGGCAAGACUUUGGCAUCAGCGAAGCAUGGCUCCGUGGAGGCUGCCGACGUGUCGGAUUCUGCAGGGGGCCUGGCAGGCAUCGCUGACUGGCUGCGACGCACGUCCCGCCCCCUCUUCGAAAACGGCUCCAAGGUGCGCUGCCUGCUGAGGCCACAGGGGGGCGUGGUGCUGCGCCAGCGCUCGGUGAGGAAGUCCCGCAAGGCGAACGAUGUGUCCCAGACUCUGCAGGACGGGAGUUCCUGCGCCGACAAGCAGCCCAAAGGGAUCCUGAAAAAGAGGGGAAGCUUCAGGCAAAAAACACAGGCUGCCCCUGCCGUCGACCCCGUCAAGAUGGAAGAUGCCAAAAUGGAAGACCCCUUUUCCGAUUCCGAAAUGUCACCCCCAACUCCUCCAGCCUCUCCAGUAAACCCGGCCGCUCCCAAGAAAGGCAUCCUGAAGAAGCCUCUGAAGCGAGAGUCCGGCUACUACUCCUCCCCUGAGAGGAGCGACUCCUCCAGGAAUCUGGCCUCCCCGAUCACUCCUCCUCCCGAGGCCUCUUCCCACCUCCGCAAGGGCAUCCUGAAGAGGAACGGGAAGUUCUCUUCCAGCUCUCAGAGUGGGUUCGGCUCCUUGGACGAGCUGGCGGUGUUGGAGUGCGGCUCUUCCACCCGACACCGUCCCUCCGGCGCGAUCAGCGAGGACCUCAUCCUUGACCGGCUGGAGCUGCCGGAGGAAGAGGCGGCUCCUGGGAGCGUCUGCGGGGCUCCGGCCAUGCGAAGCUGCGUCUCUGCAGACAACCUCCUGGGAUUGGAUGAGAGCGAGAGGGGGCGGCCCCACCUCUGGAACAUGCGUUGCUACGAGGAGAGGGUGGGCGACAGCGCGUUCUCGCUCACAGACUGCGAGAACGUCACGGAGGUCUACAAACGGGCCGUCGAGAUCCGCGGCAGGAUCAGCUGAGACUUGCCAAAAAAAAAACACACCAAGUAAAGAACCACUAAGCCAAUUUAGCAAAGAAAAGAGCUGUUUGCUUUGCCCCUUAACAGAGCAAGGAAUGCUGUAUCCUGACUUGAUACCAGCCAGGCUGGUCCUGGACAGUGUGUGUUGUGUUUUUGUUUGUUUUGGGGGUUUAAAAAAACAAAAAGGGGGUUUUGUUUUUUUCCUGUUCAGUACCCUAUACUACCUUAGCAUCCAGCAGUAAGGUGCUGCACAAUUUGACUGAGUAAAUCAGACUUGUUUUAAAGAAUGUUUCCCUGCACGUGGGUCUAACUGGAAGAGUACAAGCGUACACUGCAGAGGAGACGCCUGGAGUCUCUUUGGCUGGUUUUAAUAAACAGCAGCGUGCAAAUUUUUUUACAACCACCCCAUUGCUGUGCAUAUGAAAUCAAACUAGGCUAAUUUAGUGAUUGUCUAAUUGAAUACAUUUAGGCUACACAUGGAAUUUUAAAAUAGUAAGAACACAUGGCCACAAAUAGUAAAAUGCAGGAGACUUUUUAGAAGUUGUUUUAAGAUGCCUAAUUUUAAAGCACAAAGUGGUCUAACAUUUUCACACAUGGGUGCCUAUUGUUUCUAUAUCCCUGAACGUUGAAUUCUCACACCCAGACGUUUUCAUGCAGGUAGAUUAUAUAAAGGAUAAAUCUUGGGGGGUGUUCUAAUAAAUUUGCACAGUACUAAUAUAUAUAAUUAUUUUGUUGUUGGAGAGGGGUUCUUUAGAAAGACUUGGAAAGUUGAAUGGAAAGGGAAAGUUGAGACUGAGAGGGGGGGCUUAGAAAAUGUAAAGAAGGAAUGAACAAAAGUACUGUUCUAUAGCUCUGAAUGACCGAACACUCUGCAGCGCUACAUUUAGAAAUACUGAAGGGAAAGUACAUUCCAUGACCAACACUGAGAGACCUCUGUAGUUGCAAUGUCAUUGAACUUCUUCCUUAGUAUAAAAGUGUUUUAAUGAGCCCAGGUGUAGACUUGCAGCGGAGGAGCAGAUUUCGGAGAUGUUGUCCUCUCAUGUAAACCUGUUUCAGCAGGGUGGGGUGAUGGUGAGGAUUGCUGGUGGAUCUUGCUAGGUUGUGUAGUAGGUGGUCAAAGGAGAUGCUGAUGGAGCUCGGCAGAAUAAUAAUAAUAAUAAUGUGUCGCUUUGUAAAAUGUGACCGGGGCAGAUAGCCCACCAAAGGUUUCUAGGACUGGAAAAUAAUUGUACUACUGAAACAAAUGUUACUGGUGAAAAUCUAGCACUGGAAAAUGUGAACCGGGCAGCCCAAACAUCUACUAGAAUACUGGGUGUGCUCCUUUCCCUGCUGGUUGGACUGCACGGGCCCAGUUUGAUCUCCUGUUUCUAGUGCCUUUUACUAAUCGGGGAACAACGUGUGUGUGUGUUCACCUGCUUUGACUGGAAGUUGAAUUGCCAUUUUGUACUUUUGUGUUUUUUUUUUGAGUUUGUAAAUAUUUGGAAGUGCUAUACAUGCUGUGUAAAGAGCCUAUUUAUUUAUUGGUUUGGAAAGCGCUAGAUCUGUUUUUUAUAGAGCUCCUGUAAGGGGGUUAUGGUUAUGGUGGGGAGGGGGGGUAGAGAAUACAUAUGUUAACAUUUAACAACUAAUGCAAGCACAAACGCAUUGGAAGUGGUUCGCUUUUGGCCUGGGACUUUUUCUAGUAGUGAAAAGCAGUUCUGCCAACCCUGAACACCAGUAUGAGGAGUUUGAUGGUGCCAUCUCAAGUGUAAAACCAAGAGGGAACUAGCGUGUCGCUUCUCUGUGAAUCCAAGUGGGUGUGUAUGUGUGUUAAAUCAUUACUGGAAGUCUGCAAACAGGUAUUUCUGGAUGAUCUGAAUGUAACAAAAGAAAUGUAUUUGCAGUAUAAGUUUGACUGAAACAAAUGUGAUGUUUUUGUAAUGGGUCUAAUUUAUUUAGAGUUUUUUUUUUUUGUUCUCUUUUUGUUUAUUCAUUUUGAUCCACAAUGGGUCGCCAAAUAAAACAAAGGAUUUUGAAA